AUGCCAGUCGCAGAGGACUCCUCCUCAUCAUCAUCAACAGGGGGGAGGACUUCCAAUGGACAUGAGAAACGAUACCAUUCGGAUAGUAACCUUAAUCAGAUAUCACUGGAGUACUCCUAUGCCGAGCUUAUUGAAGCCACCAACAACUUCGACGAUUCUGCCCAGUUAGGGUCGGGUAGCUAUGGUAGUGUCUACAAGGGCACUCUCAAGGACGGCACUGAAGUCGCUAUCCAGGUCGUGGACCUGCCUAACGAGGCUGGGUUUGAGGACGAAUCUCAUAAAGUGAAGCAGGCCAGCGGGACCAUCGGCUACGCCUGCCCGUACUAUAUCCAGCGUGGUGUCGUGACAGAGGCAUCGGAGGUGUACUCCUUUGGUAUGGUACUCCUAGAACUCCUCCUCAACGCCCCUCCGGCCUGUCCUGGUCCAAAGCCCGGGGAAAUACUAUACUUGGUUAAUCAUCUUAACGGUGACCUCAUGAGGUGUUUGGCCAUGGUCGAUCCUCGGGCCGGCUACCCUCCUGCUGUAUCUAAGCAGCUGGCUGAGCUGGCACUCAACUGUGCCUCUAUGAAUGAGCAGAACCGUCCUACGUUCGUUCAAGUGGUGAAGUCGUUGAGGACUAUGUUGGUGACAGCGGAGGGGGGAACACCACAGCCGUCCCCCUCGGUGAUGCUAGGUGGCAGCAGUACUGGACCCUUCACUGGCUUUUCUAUCCAACCUGGGCUAUUCUUACCCCCUAAGCAGCAUCUAUCGGUCCUCUCGCCGAGCACGCCAGUCCCCCAGCCCUUCCGGCCCCUCUCCAACGCUUCUUCAACCCAAGGGGAUCAGCAGCAACAGCAGCAACAACAAGCCAGUCGGCUGUCCCCUCCCCCUCCACCACGGGGAGCGUCUCUGAGCACCGCUUUAGGACCUCCCAUACAUAAUACUGGAAGCUCCGUCAGCACUGCUCACGAUAACAAGGUCGUCGAGGUGCCAGGGAAAGCCCAGGAGAAUGUGGCCACACUGAUGACGCUCACCUGCAUACUGUGGGAUACUCCCGAGGUAAUAGUAGCAGUCGUUGGUGGUGGAGGAGAAGGAUGA